GACUUGUAUCGCCGGAGGUGUUUACCUCUCCGCACCUAUUUUCUCGCCUUCUAUCUCUCACAUUCGAAGCUCUCUCCCUCUAUCUACGUCUCUCUCUCUCUUUUACCGCGCUUCUUACACAUUGUGACAGACAUCAACUCCUACCUAAUCCUUCUGCAGAUCGAAUUCACCCGACGAAGAAUCACAUCAGUUUUUGGGUUUUGAGGAAUGAAUUUCUUGCUUCGAUCUGCUUCUUCCGCUACUCAUCGGCCUCCGGUGAGCGAACCACCAGCUACUCCACCUCAACCUCCGCCUGAAACAGCCAAGCCCGGAGUGACUUUAGAAGGGCUGAUAGCUGAAGAGUCUUUCCCUCAAUAUCCAUCAGUAGAAGAAGAUCUCGAUCGUCUGGCUAACGGAUCCAGAGAUGAUGAUGGUAGUGGAGAGUCAAAUGCUAAGUCUGGUGGCUCUGGUAUGGACAGAUUCUCUGAUGUGUCUGAGGAAGAAGGAUGGAUCGCCAUUCCAUAUAAGGAGAUCCCGGAUAACUGGUCUGAGUCUGUUGAUAUUCAUUCUUUACGGUCGCUGGAUCGUUCCUUUGUUUUUCCUGGGGAGCAGAUUCAAAUCCUUGCAUGCUUAUCUGAGAGUAAAGGAGACACCGAGAUUAUUACCCCUUUUAAGGUUGCUGAGGUAAUGAGCAGAACUGGACAGAGAAAGGUCUUUGACAAACAAAAUGGGGAUAUGUCUGAUGGGGCGAGUACACCAUCAGGGGAUGGAGAAAUGAGUCCUGAUGCUCAAUUUGCUACUCAGAAUGGUGACAGUCCUGGUAAAGAGAGUUUGGAUUCACAAAAGGACUUAUCUGAUGGUGAAUCAAUCUUGAGGAUGGAAGAUCAUAAGAGACGAACAGAAGACUUGCUUUCCAGGUUUCAGAAGUCUCAUUUCUUUGUUAGGAUUGCAGAGUCUGGUGAGCCUCUUUGGUCAAAGAAAAGUUCUCUGGUCGCAGAUACAGACAUGGAUGAAAAGAGGAAAAGCACGAAAAGUAGACCUUGUGUUAGUGCUUUUGUAGAUAGAGGAGACUUCGAUCCUAAUGUUGCUGGAGGUGUAGCUAGAAGUAAGGCAAAAUGCUGUGCCCUACCCAAUGGAGAUAUAGUGGUCUCUUUACAAGUUUAUAUUGUCGACUGUCCCAAAGAACCCAUCAUAGAGAUACUGCAGUUUGAGAAGCAUCAAGACAAGGACCAAAAUUCUGAGAACGAUAAGGAUCCAUAUGGGAAUCUUUUAAAGUGGUUAAUACCGCUGGAUAACAGUAUUUCUCAGCAACCCCGUUCUUUACCACCUCCUAUAACCCCUAGCCCAGGUAUCAGCAGCACUGCACACAAGCCAGCGAUCUCUUCUACCUCAGGCUCUCAACUCUUCUCAUUCGGCCAUUUCAGAAGCUACUCCAUGUCCGCUCUACCUCCAAACACUGCACCAGUUACUGGACCCAUAAAAACACAGAGCUCUAAACCAUCAUUUGAUAUUGAAGAUUGGGACAGCUACUCAGGUCAAACGGUGCGAAAUGGUCAGAAGUCUGGGACUGAAGAGCUCUUAUCUUUUCGGGGUGUCGCAUUGGAGCGGAAUAGGUUUUCUGUUCGUUGUGGACUCGAAGGCAUCUGCAUCCCUGGUAGAAGGUGGAGGAGGAAACUCGAGAUCAUUCAACCUAUUGAGAUAAACUCUUUUGCAGCUGACUGCAAUACAGAUGAUCUUCUCUGCGUUCAGAUAAAGAAUGUGGCUCCUACCCAUGCUCCAGAUAUUGUAAUAUACAUAGACGCCAUAACAAUUGUUUUUGAAGAGGCAGGAAAAAAUGCUUCCCCUUCUUCAGUACCAAUAGCAUGCAUUGAAGCUGGAAACGAGCACAGUUUGCCAAAUUUAACUCUCAGGAAAGGUGAGGAGCACUCAUUCAUCGUGAAGCCUGCGUUUUCUGUUGGGAGUAAUCUGAAGCCCUCUGCUGCACGAAACAAACUCAAAUCAUCGAGUUUGUCUCUUCCAACUGUAAAUUUUGAAAGAAAAGGGAGCGGUUUAAGUGGUGAUCAGUAUGCGGUUAUGGUGUCAUGUCGGUGCAACUACACAGAAUCAAGACUGUUUUUCAAACAACGGACAAAAUGGAGACCACGAGUUUCGAGAGACCUGAUGAUCUCUGUUGCGUCUGAAAUGUCAGGAGAGCCUUGUGGUCCCCAUGGGAGAGCCUCUCAACUACCCGUUCAGAUUUUAACUCUUCAGGCAUCGAAUUUGACUUCAGAAGAUCUAUCUUUGACCGUUCUCGCUCCUGCAUCCUUCACAUCACCUCCGACUGUAGUGUCCUUAAACUCUACGCCUACGACCCCUAUAAGCCCAUUCCUAGGAUUCUCUGAGUUCACCGAGAGGGUACAAAAUGAGAAACGCAACACUACGAUGCGUAAACAUCAAUCGUUACCCCCAAUUCCACUGGAGACAAGGACAGAGAACACAAAUGGUGAAUCUUCCAAUCCUUCAGAUGUUGUUCCAAAGAGCGGCUUAGGUUGCACACAUCUCUGGCUACAAAGUCGAGUUCCCUUGGGAUGCGUUCCUUCGAAAUCUACGGCGACGAUCAAGCUAGAGCUACUCCCUUUGACUGAUGGCAUAAUCACUCUUGAUACUCUCCAGAUCCAUGCCAAGGAGAAAGGUCGUAGAUACAUUCCAGAGCAGUCACUGAAGAUAAACGCAACUUCAAGCAUUUCCUCUGGGAUUUUCUAGUCUUUACCCAAUGCCACUUUUGCCUUUUCUUAGAGCCAAAAAGAGUCAUCAAACACAGAGCAGUUUCAUCUUCAGCAUCUCAAUAGAGGCUCAUCCAAAGAUUGUGUUGAAAAAUCGAUUUUGGUUUCCAUUUUCCGUGCGUGUUCAGCCCUGUAAAAAAAGCAAAAGUCUCCCGGUUUCGAAGGUUUGAAGAGAAGUAUGUUGUAAAACCCACUUGUGUUUCCUAUUAAUUUGAACCAUGUGUUUGUCUUCUUUGGCUUUCUUUUUGUAAUUGAUUGAUUCUGAAAAUUGCAUAGAGACACAAGACAACCAUUGUUAUCGAAUUUACA